CGGUAUUCAGUGCAUGUUUAGUUCAGUGCUUGAUUUAUAUGGUUAUCUGGUUUAAAAAUGAGUUUUUUAAAGUCCGUUGAAGAUAGCAGCACAACCGUUUUGCGUGCCUUAUUGGCUCAGUACAAAAGUAAUCCACAGCAAUAUGACCUGGAGGAGACCGAUAUCUAUGGCAAUACGCCACUUUUGAAGGCCUGCUAUUUGGGCCGACGUGAUCAUGUGGAAUUGCUGCUAAAACGCGGUGCGAACUUGAAAGCAAUGAACUAUUUGGGUCAAAAUGCGCUAACGCUGGCCACUUAUUGCGGCAGUUUGGAUGUGGUGCGUUUGCUCUUGCGAUUUCGCUCCUAUACGGAUUUCAAUAAAUCCUCCAUAGUACCGGCCUUAUGUGUGGCCUGUCUGCGUCGUAAUCACACGCUUAUCAACUACUUUAGACGUUUCCCAAGCUCAGAGGAGGAACUGACGACCGCGCAUGGCAUGACUCCAGCACAGAUUAGCGAAUGCGUGGAGGUCUGUGAUAAAGUAUACGGUAGGCAAAGUAGUCAAGGCGCAUCUGGCAGUAGCGCAGCUUAUAGGAUGCGUUAAAUUUGUGUUGUUUAAAAAACCACGAUACAAUAUUUUAAUUUAAUAGUAAUUUAAUUUAACAAUAUACAGUAAACCCCUUUUAUAUUGUUCUCUAAAUAUUAAGAUUUUAAAAUUUUGUGUUUAAUGUG